GCCAGGCGAUCGACAUUAUUCCUCUCGCCGACCGGCGGACAGCUCGCCAUCCACCGGCGACACAGUCCGGUCGACCGUGCUCGUCCCUCUCCGGCGGCCGGCCGGCAGGGCAGGCAUGAACUGGAAGCGGAAGAGCUGCGGCGGCUCCGGCAGAGACCGCAGCGAGGAGAUGCGGGAGCGGCUGAUCCAGCAGGAGGGCGGCGGCGGGGGAGGGUGCGUGCCGCGGGGGUGCGUGGCGGUGGUGGUGGGCGGGGAGGAGGAGCCGGAGGAGCGGGUGGUGGUGGAGGUGCGGGCGCUGGCGCAGCCGUGCGUGCGGGCGCUGCUGGAGAUGGCGGAGCGGGAGUUCGGGUACGCCCAGAAGGGCGUGCUGCGGAUCCCCUGCGCCGCCGACGAGUUCCGGCGCGCCGUCGCCGCCGACAGCCACCGGUGCACCACCAGGCGGCGGUAGAGGCUGAGUCGUGCGCACGCGCGCGGCAUGUGUACGUGGUGUAUAUAUGUGGCUCGUGCCGUCGACUGGCCUGUACAGUGAUCAAAACAACCUCACUUACAUAGAGACAAGGAGAGUAGGCCUAGGCCAGGAUGCAAACAAGCAUGAGUGAGUGCUUCUCAUUUUACUUACUAUUUUAGACGAUGAUGAUGAACUUCCAA